CAAAUUUGUUUUGGUUCAAACCAAGCUUAUCAUUAACCUAGUAAACAGAACUAAAUUUCUUGGUCAACCGUUCCAUGAAGACCACCACUUCUUUCAUCUUGAGAUUCGCCGUCGCAGUUUUUCUAGCGGCGGUCUCGUCUUGCUUCUCAGCCGACAAACAGUACGAGGAGUGCCUUGAACCUCUGAGAUGUGGCCAGGGUCCGACGCUGUUGCCAAACGUCACAUAUCCUUUUUGGGGAGUAAAUAAACCUAAUUAUUGCGGCCAAACAGAGUUUCAACUCUCUUGCAAGAACAACAAAAACCUAACUUUAGUUCUCACAAACCUUUCUCUUCAAGUAAUCUCUUUUGAUUUGGAGAAUCAAACUUUAACCGUUGCCGAUGAGAGUUUGUCCGAGGGUCGAUGCUCAAGCAUAUCCCUAAACUUCACGGAGACCAAUCAGUUCACAAUCGCUCCUACAGUCGGGAAGAUUGACCUAUUCAUUUGUCCUGCUCCUCAGAUGGUAAAUCCGCUCUCGUCGUUUACUUGCAGAAAAAGCAACGGGGAAAUAGUAACAUAUUACGCGUUUAAGCCCUCAGAUUCUUUUAGGGACUGCGUAAAGUUGGGAGAAGGUCCAGUUCUUCGUUCUGUUCUGGAUGAUUUUCUGCGGUCAAUUCUAACAUUGGAGGAAGCUGUGGUUAAGGGGUUUGAUCUAAGGUACAACAUCAGAGACGAUAAAUCUUGCAGAGGUUGUUUGGUUAGUGGUGGAGUAUGCGGUUCCGAGUUAGUAUCUGGCAAUUUUCGGUGUCUCUGCUCUGAAAAACCUCAUAAUAUUCCGUGCUACGACGAAGGUGCAAUGGGAGGAGGACUUGUGAUUGUUUUGGUAAUCAUAGCACUGAUGUUACAAAAAGUGAAAACAUGCUGUGUAAGAGAGCAAAACCUUGAAGCACUUGUACCACUGAAACGUUAUAGUUAUGCACAGGUCAAGAAAAUGACAAAGUCAUUCAGACAUGAAGUUGGGAAAGGAGGAUUUGGGGUUGUGUAUAGAGGAAACUUUUGUGAUGGCCGCAAGGUUGCGGUGAAGGUUUUGAAAGAUUCAAAAGACAAUGGGGAAGACUUUAUCAAUGAAGUUGCAAGUAUGAGCAGAACAUCUCAUGUAAACAUUGUUACCCUGCUUGGAUUUUGUUAUGAAGGUUCCAAAAGAGCAAUUAUAUAUGAGUUUUUGGAAAAUGGAUCUUUGGAUAAAUUUAUCUCAAGCAAAAAGUCAUCAAAUAUGGACUGGGGCGCACUGUAUGGGAUUGCGCUAGGCGUUGCUCGCGGUCUGGAGUAUUUGCACAAUGGGUGCAGAGCAAGGAUUGUGCAUUUCGAUAUAAAACCACAGAAUGUUUUGUUAGAUGACAAUCUUUGCCCCAAAGUAUCAGACUUUGGCCUCGCUAAACUUUGUGAGAAGAAAGAAAGCAUCUUAUCACUACUAGACACAAGAGGAACGAUAGGGUACAUUGCACCUGAAGUGUUUUCAAGAAUGUAUGGGAGAGUCUCCCACAAAUCAGAUGAUCUUGAGAAGGGAUACAAUAAACGGCUUGUCGAGAAUGAAAUCACUAGCGAAGAAGAGGAGAUAGUUAGGAAGAUGACAUUGGUGGGUUUGUGGUGUAUUCAAUCUUCCCCAUCAAACCGCCCACCAAUGAACAGAGUUGUAGAGAUGUUGGAAGGAAGCUUGAAUGCUCUUGAAGUCCCACCGAAGCCUGUUUUGCAGCACAUUUCAGCAGCGCCGCUUUCUGAAUCUUUUGGAAUGUUAGGGGAGAGUUCAAUCACCUCCGAGGUAUAAAAUGAUCCAUAAACUGGAAAUCACAAUCUUAAAAUGUGUGAGCAAACCAAUUUGGUGUAAUUGUUAAUUUUAUUCACAUAAAGAAAUAGAACACAUACAUUUUU